GAUCAGUGUAGCCCCAGCAGUGCCACCUAUUCAGUGCCCAUCAAUGCCACCUGCCAGUGCCCAUCAGUGCCAUAUAUCAGUGCCUACCAGUACACAUCAAUGUCACAUAUCAGUGCCCAUCUGAGCUGCCUUUCAGUGUCACCUAUCAGUGCCGCCUAUCGGUGUCCAUCAGUCUGCCUAUCAGUGCCACCUAACAGUGCCAGUCAGUGCCGCCUAUCAGUGCCAUCAGUGCCUCCUCAACAGUGCCCAUCAGUGCCACCUAUCAGUGCCCAUCACUGCAGC